AUGCCAUACAACUCGCUGCUUCUUGUUCUUGACAAGAACAUAUCGGCGGUGGCCUUGGCAGCCUUUGGGGGCGCUCUGCCGACACCAUGGACUGGCCAAGUAGCUGCAGAAGGACUUCUGGAGAAAAUGCAUUUCCUGUUCCCGAUGGAUGCAGGCGACCUCGACAAAGAUCAGGUUAUUUUCUUCAGGUGGAAUGUGGAGGAGGUGCUGGGGUUCUGGAUUCAGUAUGGAAGUGAAUGGCUUGACAACUUGCCUUCGUUCUCCUCGCGUUUGCUUUGGCAGUUCUACACCUGUGCACUUCCCUUGCGUGUCUUCCUGACUCACAGCUACCGCGUCUUCUGGCCGUUGAUCUACAGUGGCCUUGCAGCGAAAUACCAAGUCGCGGAGCCAUACCGGCAACUCUUGGUGCCAGACGCUGACCUUAGCCAGUUUAGCACCCAUGCUUUGGUCAAGCGGGUUGCUUUGUUGCAGUCUUUGCCCGUCUGCGAUAGGGAGUGCUUUCUUGACCAGUCUGCUGCCUUCGCAGCUCUGGCGCUCCAAUCGGGCCAGAGGAAUCAAGAUGCAGAUCUCUUGGCAUAUGUGGCAGAGGUCCAAGGACGGAUCCAGUCUGCCUUCUGCGAAACCCUGGAGGACUGCACGCGCACCCGUGCCACGGCGGAGCUCUUGCGGACAACUGUGGGCUUCAUGCACUUGAUCGCGGAGCUGCCUUUCUUUAAGAGCAGACGGCUGCAAGCCUUAAAGAAUUCUGCGGAGGUGAACCAAGGCACUGAGUUUGCAAGUCCAUCGCUAGCCACCCUACAGACCGAAUUCUGGGGGCUUCCAUUCCAUCCAAGUCCUGCCCAUGAAACCGAAUACCCAUGUAUAGAUAAAAUGGACACGGAGCCCAUUAGUCCUGCGAGAGCCUUGCUGCUCUACAACACGCUCAACACUGUUGGCCAAGUCCUGGACCAUUUUGGUGUCCAGUGGUUUGCAUCGCAUGGCACCCUCUUGGGUGCUAUCCGGCAUGGAGGUCAGAUCCCUCAUGACUGCGACUUAGACAUCUCCAUUUUCUCCUCGGAUAUUCACAAACUGCGAUCUGCCGCCUUGAUGCUGGCCUUGCAGAGGAACGGCUACGCCACCGACUUCUUGCCGGUGCAGAACUUGUUUACCGUUUGGCGCGUGGGCACUCACAGUCGGUAUGAGGUCCGUGGCCCGCGCGCCGUCAACAACAUGCCCAGGCAUGGUGUUGCUUUGCACAUCUUCGUCCUCUUCGAUUUUCAGGAGACUAAGAGAUGGACAUACGACACUGACAGGCUCAAGCAUGAGGGAUGGAAACUGCGAGAAGCAGAUCUGCUUCCUUUGAAGUUUCACUCCUUUGGGGAACUGACAGUUCCAAUACCUGCAAACUCGGAGCUGUAUUUGGACAACAUGUAUGGCUCUGACUGGCGGACGACCAUUCGCUGCAUGACGGCGCUGAAGGAGUUGGACUAUUAUCGGCCAACGGCCCUCCAGGAAAACGCGUCACCCGCAAUGGCCCAUCCAACAGGGCCCCUGCAGGAAGUUUUUUUCGACUGA